AUGGCCGCUACUCUGGUAGCCCUUCCUACGGUGCAGCGCCUGAGCCCACGCUGCAUCCGGAUCCUAGGCGGCAACCCAGGCAAAUUUGCGCUGCAGGGCACUAACACCUACUUGCUUGGUACUGGCCACUCUCGUAUUUUAAUUGAUACAGGAGAAGGACGUCCAGUUUGGAUACAAACACUCAAGGAGACGCUUGAUCAAGAAAAUGCGACGGUGAAGUUGGCCGUAUUAUCACAUUGGCAUCAUGACCACACCGGCGGCAUCACAGAUCUUGUCAAGGCUUUCCCCCAAGUACAGGUUUUCAAAAACAGCCCCGAUGAUGGACAGUUACCGAUUCAGAGUGGCGAUAGUUUCCAAGUCGAAGACGCGACUUUAACGGCCUGGCACACUCCCGGUCACGCAAAAGACCACAUGGUGUUCGUGCUUACCGAAGAAGAUGCAAUGUUUGCUGGUGACAAUGUGCUUGGACAGGGCACUGCUGUGUUUGAGGAUCUGUCUACGUAUCUCCAGAGCCUGAGAAAAAUGAAGACGCUCUUUUCCGGGCAAAUUUAUCCGGGGCAUGGGCCUGUGGUUGAGGAUGGACCGGGAAAGAUUAGCGAAUAUAUCGAGCACCGCCACCAGCGAGAGGAAGAGGUUUUGCAAGCAAUGAGAGCCAGCAACUCGGACAAUAGCAGAAGUUGGACGGCAAUGGACAUAGUUAAAACGGUUUAUAAGGAUGUGCGUGAGGAUUUACACAUGGCAGCUUGCGGUGGGGUUUUACAGAUGCUUGCCAAAUUGGAGCAGGAGAGUAAGGUUAAACAAGCCAAAGACGGCUGGCAGCUGCAGGAUGCUAAGAGUGUAAUAUAA